CCUCACCAUUAACCAGAACGACUGCAAGACACCGAGGCACCAGAGGAGAUCUGCUCAGACAGCCGAGACCGAAGACAGUCAGCAGUCUGACCCUGAAAGCACCAUGACAAAGCUCUGCCUCGCUCUGGGACUGCUGCUGCUCACCACCUGCGAUGCCCUAUGGGGAAGCAAUACAUUGAAACCUGAAAACUGUUGCUUUGAAUUCUCCACCAUGAGGAUCCCAAUUCACAAAAUUGUGACCAUCAAGGAGACUGGCAUCCAUUGCCAGGAAGAGGGCUUCAUAGUGCACACCAUCCAGGGGAAACAGAUCUGCGUCAGACGCCAUGAGGAGUGGGUACAGGACGCUUUCAACAAGGAGAAACUCAUGUCCCCAUAAAGCGUAACACUUAACGGUUUAAAUAGCAUUGCUUUGUCCAACUUCAACUUGCAGACCUUUGUUUGGAUAUUUCACUAAAUGAUUAAAAAAAAAGCUUUUCAAAAUGAGAAAUCAACUUUUACUGUUCCUUUUAAAUAAUUUUUAAAGCCCUCCCCCGUCAGUUUUAGUUGAUCAAAUUUGUAUAACCGAAUGGUACAUGCUUUUAUUAAAUGGGAGUAAUGCAUACCAUGGACAUGUGUCUUCACUGCUUCUACACCAGUGUAAAGUUUCUUGUUCACUUUGACUUAAUUAUUCUUUUAAUAU